GAUCAGUUUAUCUGUGUUAUCUUGUUAGAGCUCCUGCUUGAUAGAAGAGAGUGCUUCAUUUCCCUCUGAAACUGAUGUGCUCAAAGUUGCUGCAGAAAGAAUGGCAACAAUGGAGGGAGCUUUGCAGGGGCAACUUUUCUUUCAGAAUUUCAUCUGUAAGAGGGAUGUGAGAUUUCAGACUCAAACUUCACUCAUCGGUGCGAAAGGCGCAGCUGCAAGUGAUUCCUUUGUUUCUUCUGAUCAUCUUAGAUUCCACAUGACCUCAAACCGUAUCAGAGAUUCAGUAAAGAUUCAUGCUGUUCGGAGGAGAAGUGCUUAUUCACGUACUGAAACUUAUGUUCUGCUGGAACCGGGGCAAGAUGAGAAGUUCGUUACGGAAGAAGAGCUGAAGGAAAAGCUCAGAGGUUGGCUUGAGAAUUGGCCGGGAAAGGCUCUCCCUCCUGAUCUUGCUAGAUAUGAAACCAUUGAUGAUGCCGUGUCUUACCUUGUACGGUCAGUAUGUGAGCUUGAAAUCGCUGGGGAUGUUGGGUCAAUCCAAUGGUACGAAGUUCGCCUAGAGUGAGCAACAGGGGUUUCCUGUUCCAGCCCCUCGUGAAAGGAUGUUUGGACUAAAUUCGUGCUCAGCAUUUGGUACUUUUUGCUGUACAUUUACUUAUCUGCUGCAUUCACUUAACUAGAUGGCUCAAUCCUGUUCAAUACUUCCAUCAACGAACAGUUCGACCGCAUAA